UGCAGAAGGAAUGAGGAGUGAAGAGCCCCAGGAGACCAUGGAAGACAGCUGGAGGCCUGACGACACUGCAGGGCAGGGUGACCCCUGUCCUGGGCUGGCGCCCACGGCUCCCGGCCACCUAGGGGCGCCAUACUCCGAGGCCUGGGGCUACUUCCAUCUAGCCCCGGCUGGGCCAGGGCACCCGACAGGCACCUGGGCCACCUGCCGGCUGUGUGGGGAGCAAGUGGGCGGCCACCCGGGCUUCCAGGCGUGGACGGGGGCGCUGUGGCGGCACCUGAGCCGCGCACACCUGCGGGAGCUGGAGAAGAGCGCAGCUCGGAGCUCUCCGCCCACCGUGCCCUGCCCACCGCCGCCGCCCAGCCCCGCCAUGGCUGCCGAGGGCGACUGGGCAUGCCUGUUGGAGCAAAUGAGCUUACUGGCCGCGCGAGGCAGCCGGCGUGAGCUGGAGCUGGAGCGGCGGGAGGCGGCCCUAAGGCAGGCGGAGCGCGCGCUGGAGCGCAGGCGCCGGGCUCUGCGGCAGGAGGAGCGCGCCAUGGCACAGGCACGCCGCCAGCUCCAGGCCGAGCGCGACGCGCUGAGAGCGUGGAUGCGAGAGCACAGCCCAGAUGCAGGGGGCCCGGCGCCAUCCUCUCCCAGGCCUCCACCCCUCAAGGAGGACCCUGAUGGGGAUGUCCAGGACGAUGUGAUCACCAAAGUCCUGUUGUAGUGAGGCCUCUCCAUGCAU